AUGAAAGAUUACGAUAUUCAGAAAUCAAACUCCACAUUGUCAUUGACUAUAUGCAAAGCUGAUGGAGAAGAUAAUCAAAUUAAAGGUACAGGUCACGGUAAAGGCGAUGCAGUUGGAGAAACAGGAUCAGCACUUAAAAAAGUCAAAUCACCAACAACAUUGCUUUGUGAACUUACACGCCUUAAAACUCAACAAAAAUAUCUUGAAUACGCUGAAGUAAAGUUAAAUGUCAGCAGCUUUCAAAACAAUGAUAAAUUCUCGAGUACAUCAUCAUCACUACCAAAUCUACGCGAUUCGACCGUCACUCAUAUCGAACAAUUAAGAAUACAAAUCGAAGGAGAACUAAAUGCAUUUCUUCAACAAUCGCGUGCAACUGUUAAUGACAUAUAUUUGGAAGUAGAGAAAAUUAAAGAAAAUAUUCAACCUGAUCGUUUAGACAAAUAUUCAGUAGCAGAUUUGCGGCAGCACAUUGUGUGCAUAAAUACAGAAAUUGAAAAAUUUAAAUUGAAAAAUUCUAACCAACUGUUAUUAUUACAAAAAAGUUGUGAAGAUUUAUUUAAUUGA